AUGUGUCAAGAGACUUAUCCUGGUCGAACCACGUGGACGCAAUUGUAACUAAAGCAUCAAGGUGGUGGACUAACUAAAAUGUACAGUUGGUAGCAACAACAGGGAAAUUUUCUCUAUGCUCUAUAAGUCCUUGGUUAGACCAAUCCUAGAAUACGCAUGCCCGGUAUGGUCGCCCUAUUUAGUUAAAGAUAAGUUGGCAAUCGAAAAAGUACAACAAAGAGCAUCGAGAAUCGCUUUCGGUCAAAAACUACGCGAGAUGUCAUAUGAAGAACGAUAUAUAUUGCUAAACUGGAACACACUUCAACAUCGAAGAGCAUACCUAGCUGUAGUGGAAUGCUACAUGACAGUGUUUGGUCUAAAUGGCCUAGACUUUGAUGACUAUUUCGAGUUUUGUUUAUAA